CUGCGCUAGAGAGGCCUCCUCUUCCUCAUCCUCCAUUCCCCACACCAUAGCCACGCCGGCCGGAAUCCUCCUCAUCCCUCCAAGAAAGUCUCUUUCUUCCCAUGCCGGAUCUCUCUCCGUCGCGCCGCCGCGCGCGGAGUGGGGGACUAGUUCGAAGCAAGAGAUAGGAAGGGCCCGAGCAUCGCCGGCGACCGGAGAGGAGGGGGCAGAUGGAGGACACGCCGCCGUCCUUCCGGCGCCGUGGGAGACCGAGUGUGCAGCCGAGCGGCGCAGAAGGAGUGAACUGCUACGAGAGUCCAAGGCUCCCAGUUCUUGGGGAGACGGUGGUGACUGCUGCUCGUGGGAAAGGAUAAUGUGCGACAACACCACACACCGAGUGUCUCGUCUCAACCUUUUCCAAACCUACCAAGAAAACCUACAGUAUUGCGAAGAUGAAUGCCCGAACCUUAACUUGACGAUCUUUUCUUCGUUUCGGGGGCUUCAACUACUGAAUUUCUCUGGACAUCACGCUUGUUUACAGAAUUUUGAAGGUCUCCAAGGAUUGAGUAAGCUCAAGUAUCUUGACCUCAGUUGCAACAGUUUUCAAGGUGGGGGUAUCCCAGGAUCUGUUGGCAAAUUGGUUUCUCUAGAAGUCAUAAAUCUCAAUGGAAACAACAUAGGUGGGACUCUUCAUAGUACAGAUUUCAGAAAUCUCCGUAAUCUGCGUGAAUUGCAUUUGGGAUCCAGUCAAUUGAGGGGUAGCCUCCCAGCAUCCAUAUUUGCACUUCCACGCCUUGAGUACCUGGAUCUUUCAUACAACCUCUUCGAAGGACAUAUACCUAUAAACUUAUCUCGGAACUUGCGAUUGCGAGAAUUGUAUUUGACUUUCAAUAGAUUGAGUGGAGGCCUCCCAGCAUCCUUAUUUGCACUUCUACGGCUUGCGUACUUGGAUCUUUCAGACAACCUAUUUCAAGGACAUAUUCUUACAAACUCAUCUUGGAACCUCCGAGAAUUGCAUUUGGGAUCCAAUCAAUUGAGUGGUACCCUCCCAGCAUCCGUAUUUGCACUUCCAUGCCUCGAGUACUUGGAUCUUUCAUACAACCUCUUUAAAGGGCAGAUACAUAUAAACUCAUCCUGGAACCUGCGGGAAUUGCAUUUGAGAUCCAACCAAUUGAGUGGUAGGGUCCCAGCAUCCGUAUUUGCACUUUCAUGCCUUGAGUACUUGGAUCUUUCAGAAAACCUAUUACAAGGGCAUAUACCUAUAAGCUCAUCUUAGAAGUGUACAUCAUCGCUUCAUACCAUCCGGUUAUCUGAUAACAGGCUAAGCGGUCAAUUUGAUUUCUUCUGGCUAAGAAACUGUGCCAAACUCAAAGAGAUAGAUCUGUCCAGGAAUACUGAUUUGGUCGUUCAAGUGCAAAUGCAUGGCUGGGUACCUAAAUUUCAGUUGAAUACACUAAGGCUCUCUUGGUGUAACCUUGAUAAGAGCAUGAUUACCGAGCCACAUUUCCUGCACACACAGAAUCAUCUGCAGUUUCUCGAUUUGUCCAACAAUAAUUUGCCGGGGAGCAUGCCCAACUGGUUGUUCACAAAUAAAACCACACUAGUUUAUCUGAAUCUUGCAAAUAACUCACUAGUUGGAUCACUAGAUCUGAUAGGGCAACCACAAACUAAUCUUAAACAGGUGAAUGUAUCAUCGAACCUAGUUGAAGGACAACUGCCAACCAACAUUGGUUUCAUGUUUCCCCAUCUCAUAAUUCUCGAUGUUUCCCGCAACACUAUUUCUGGAACAAUACCACCAGCAUUGUGCAACAGCAGCAUACAACUUAUGGACCUAUCAAAGAACAGAUUUACAGGAAAAGUACCAGCUUGCUUGUUCACUGAUUGUUAUGCAAUGAAUAUAUUGAAGCUCUCAAACAAUACACUUGGUGGCAAGAUACUUGAUGGGGCUAGUAGCUUCUCUGGUAACCUGUGGGCAAUACACCUAGGCAACAACAAAUUUGAAGGGACUCUCCCUAGAAAUCUGUCUGGUAAUGUCCAGAUCAUGGAUUUGCAUGAUAACAAGAUGUCAGGAGAACUGGACACUUCAUUAUGGUGUCUUCCUUCACUGCAAGCUUUGAGCCUUGCUAAUAAUGGUUUAACUGGUGGCAUUCAUCCAGAAAUUAGCACAUUAACAGAUCUUAUGAUGUUAGACCUGUCAGGCAACUACUUUACAGGACGUCUCCCAAAUUGUGGCACUAUGGUAUACCUCACGUUUCUGAGUGUAUCGGGGAAUUCCCUGUCAGGCUCCCCGGGUGCCUUUUUCAACAGCUCCUACAUUACGGCUUUAGAUCUCAGCAAUAAUCAGUUCACAGGCAACCUUGAGUGGGCACAACAUCUUUCUCAAGUCAGUGUACUUUUGUUAAGCAGGAAUAAGUUUGAGGGACAUAUCUCUUCAAAUUUCUGUCAUCUCCAAUACUUGAGCAUAAUUGACAUCUCGCACAAUAGACUUUCGGGUUCCGUACCACCAUGUAUUGGUGGCAUUCCAUUUGAACCCCUUGAUCCUUACGAACAUUGGCCCGCAGCUGGUAGUAUUACCUAUGGAGGAGGGGAAGAUGGUUUGGACUUUGUUUAUACCAAUAAUUAUGACCUCCCAGGCUUCACCUUCACAACUAAAGGGCAACCAUACACAUAUGGACAAAACUUCUUCAUGUCGAUGUCUGGCAUUGACUUGUCUGCAAACAUGCUGUCAGGUGAGAUUCCGGAGGAGAUGGGAAAUUUAAGCCAUAUCAAAUCUCUCAAUUUGUCAAACAAUUUCUUGACUGGUCCAAUUCCUGCAACCUUUGCAAAUAUGAGCGAGAUUGAAAGCUUAGACCUAUCCAAAAACAGGCUGAAUGGAUUGAUACCAUGGCAGUUGACACGGCUUUCAUCAUUGGAGGUGUUCUCUGUGGCAUACAACAACUUAUCGGGGUGUCUACCAGACUCUGGUCAGUUUGGCUCAUUUGAUACAGACUGUUACAGAGGGAACAACAACCUUCGAUCCUGCACUUCCAGUUCAGGUCAUGUGGCAUGGAAUGGUACUGCAGGAAGUGUGUCUGAUGAUUCUGACCCGAUCCUCUACGUGGUCACUGCUGUUUCAUUCGUCUUGGCAUUUUUGGUCACUAUCACUUUCGUAUUCUGCCAUUCAUUUGGGCAGCGUGUUAUUCUCAAACUGUGGUAGGUAAAGAUGGAGAGAGGGCUAGUGAUUAACAGUGAUGAUGUGUAAACAACACAAGGAGAUCACUUUUGUAAUCUGCUUCCCGAUUAUGCGUGUAUUUGUAAACUAUGUUACCUUGGUUUAAUAUGGAAGAGUUUUUGUGAAACUUUGUCAAGUAAGAGUUGCUGUAAAAAUAGAACCCUGAAUGAUGGCUAGAAUCAUCAGGGGUUGGAUGUUUUUGUUGCCUUUUCUUGUAAGUUCAUGGUGCAGAAUGGUGGUGUAAUGUUGAGAUUUUGGUGCUGCUUCCUUUAGCACUUUUUUUUCUGAACUGAAUUUUCUUUAGCACCAGUGAAGUCUCAUAAUGUUUGUAAUGGUAGAAAUAUUUCUUUAGUUGAGGAUUUUGGAGGGUAUGUGCUGAUAUGCUAA